AAAACUUACACAUUUUAAUUUAAUAUUUCAGUAUGAUGACGUUUUUCCGUAAGCUGGCGUUACUGCCAGUUUUACUGACAUUGGUUAAAUCAGACUUCCCACUUGAUAUAGAGGAACCAAUAUUAAGAAAUAACGCUGGAGAUGAAAUCUAUAGACUUCCGGAAGAUCUUGAUCCUAUUCAUAUUAAAGUUGAAAUGACUCCGUACUUUGAAGCUGAAGACAACAAGGAAGCCUUUACGUUUGAUGGUCUUGUUGAAUUAACUGUUCAAGCAGUUAAAGAUAACGUUUCAUCACUGGUCAUUCAUGAGAAUGUCAGAGAAAUACUGGCAUUGACAGUAACAAAUACAGCUGGUGUUCCAUUAGCUUUGGAUCUAUUGAGGCCGUUUGAAAGAAUUCGUGAACAUCAUUUCUUAAAAAUAAACUUGGGAGAGGGAAUAACAUUGGUCAACUCAGAAAUUUACAAAUUGAGUAUUCAAUAUAUUGGUAAUAUUAAUGAGACUCCCCUGAGUAGAGGUGUCUUCAGAGGUAGUUAUAAAGGCAGUGAUGGUAAAAUUCAUUGGUAUGCUGCGUCACACUUACAACCGACUAAUUCGAGACAAUUCUUUCCCUGUUUCGACGAGCCCGGUUUUAAAUCAACUUUCGAUAUUAUAGUAAAUCGCCCAGAAAAUUUUACACAGACUUACUCAAACAUGGCGAUUAAAGAAGAGAUAAGCAUAGGAAAUCGUCGUAAAGAAAUAUUCUAUACAACACCGAGAAUGUCAGCGUACUUAGUAACGGUUCACAUCAGCGAAGAAUUUACCGUAAUCGCAGAUAAUAAUAAUGCUGCAGCUUCUUACCGUAUUCUUGCAAGACCCAAUGCUCAAGGUCAAGGUGAAUACGCACUGCAAGUAGGACCACCGAUAACUAGAUGGCUCGAGGAAUAUUUCGAUAUUCCAUAUUAUACGAUGGCUGAAAAUAUGAAAAAUGAUCAGAUAGCAUCUCCAGAUUGGGCAUCUGGUGCUACUGAAAAUUGGGGAUUAGUUUCAUACAGGGAACUACGUCUGCUUUACGAAGAAGGCGAGACUAACGCUUUAGACAAGAUGACCAUUGGAACUAUAACCGCUCACGAGCUUGCUCAUAAGUGGUUUGGGAAUCUUAUCACUUGCAGAUGGUGGGACAAUGUGUGGAUCAAUGAAGGCUUUGCUAGUUACUUUGAAUAUUUUGCUAUGGAUGGUGUGGAUCCUGCAAUGGAACUCGAAGAUCAAUUCAACAUUAGAUACUUGCAAAGUGCUUUAUCAUCUGACGCGUCAGCCUCAACAAGAGCUCUAAAGCAUACAGUGAAUUCACCAGCUCAAGUCACGGGACAUUUUAGUGGCAUCAGUUAUACAAAAGGAGCUUCAUUCUUACUAAUGUUAAAACAUUUCCUUGGCGAGUCGACGUUCAAGAAAGCCUUGAACUAUUUCCUUGUUGAGAGGGCAUAUCAGCACGCUUUUCCUUCAGAUCUAUUCAGUAGCUUCGAAAAGGCUGUCGAAGUGGACAAUGUUCUCAGUGAAAAUUUGAACAUUUCUCAGAUAAUGCGGUAUUGGGUAGAAGAACCUGGAUACCCCGUGCUCAAUGUUAAUGUUGACAUGGCAAAUGGGAAUAUAACGCUGACACAGGAGCGUUUCUUUAUCAGUCCUUCGGCGACACAGACUCAGCAAGUGUGGCCAUUACCUCUUACGUUCACUACGGGCAAUAACCCUGAUUGGAAUAAUCUCACACCAUCACAUGUUAUGCUCGGUAGAACAAUGGAAAUCCAAAAAGAUCCAGGACACGAAUGGGUCAUAUUUAAUGUGCAGCAAAAAGGUAUUUAUCGAGUCAAUUACGAUACACACACCUGGGAAAUGAUUGCUGAUGCUCUUAAAAAUAAAGACUCAAAUAUUCAUCACUUGAAUAAAGCACAAAUUGUCGACGAUGUAUUUGCCCUUAUGAGGUCUGAACGUAUGUCAUACGAUUUAGGCUUCAAGGUUUUGGAUUUCCUUAAAGAGGAAACGAAUUAUUACUCCUGGUUCCCAGCGAUUUCUGGCUUCAGCUGGCUAAGGAACAGGUUCUUACACUUGCCUGACACCUUAAGGCAGUUUGACGAAAUUCUUUACGACUUCUUGGACGCCGUUAUCAAAGACUUGGGCUACGAUGUCGAAGUUGGGGAACCUCUAACUAGGACAUUGAACCGUUUCACUGUACUUUCAUUUGCUUGUGAUAUCGGUCAUGAAGGAUGCGUCAACAACGCUAUCACGAAGUUCAACGCAUUAGUCGCAGACGGAAUCAGUGUUAAUCCUAAUCUGAGGAGGCACGUCUUCUGUCAGGGUCUAUUAAAUGGUGGACUCGAGGCUUGGCGUUUCCUUUACCAGCGUAGACUUAACUCAAACAAUCAAGCCGAUGAAGCAGCAAUGCUUCGUUCCCUCGGUUGUACCACCAACGAACAAGCUAUUCAAGAGUAUUUACAAAUGAUCCUCAGUGAUGACCUCAAAGCUCAAGACAGUGUUAAUGCCUUCACAUUCCUCUUAAUGGGUAACAGAGGAAAUGCUAAAAUAGUAUUACAAUUCGUUAAAGACAAUGUAGAAAGUAUCGUGAAGAAAGUCGUCCUACCAACAUGGUUUGCUAAUGUUUUAAGUAAUCUAGCGGCCUAUAUGGAUGAAGACGGUCUUAACGAUAUGGAGCAGUGGCUUCGUGCCAAUCAGGCAUCAGUACCUAGUGCUCAAACUGGGCUGAGCGCUAUUGUAUCCGCACGUGCCAAUAUGAGAUGGGGAUCAGAUCGAGCUCAAACUGUUUUAAGAGCAGCAAGAGGUUCCGCGACAGUAGCAGUACCAGCAACCGUCUUAUUGUUAACUACGUCUAUUGCUCUUAUGUUAAGAUGAAAUUGUUUCUAAACU